GGCCAGGGUCAGUGAUGGGUGGGGCGUCCUUUUCCCGCGCUUCACAGAUAGUGUGUAUCAGCGGUUACCUGCACAGCAGCCGGAGUUCUGCCCGGGAAGCUCCUCCGCCACGGACAUGUUGCAGCGCGUCACCCGCAGCUCCUCUUUGGAGACCUCCUCUCAUCUGACCAGUGGCUCUUCUUCCCCUUCGCCGUCUCAGUAUGCUGCCAGGAGCCUCACCGCCAGGUCGCCGGACGCAGGAGGAGCGGCGCCCGGAGCGAGAGCGGAGCCAGAAGGAAACACGAGUUCGGACAGUCCCGUAGAAUUCUCUGAUGACGACAGGAGUGACUUUGAAGACACCUUGAAGAAAACGCACAAGAGGACUCGCAAGCCUUUCCUAAAGCUGGUCCCAGCCACGAAGAAAGUUAGGAGAGAUGAGAGGGUUGGGGGAGACCUGUAUGAAGCUAUAAGACAGGGCAAGGUUGCCAUGCAGAUCCUUGUAGAUGAUUGGCUGGAUGAUUACAAGAAGAACCAUGAGCCCGCCAUACUGGAGCUGAUUAACUUCCUCAUCCAAGCAUGUGGGUGUAAAGGUGUGGUGACCCAGCAGAUGAUGGAUAAGAUGCAGAACACGGACAUCAUUAGGAAGAUGACCGAAGACUUUGACGAGGAUUCGGCAGACUACCCUCUGUCCCUCACUACUCAGCCCUGGAAGAAGUUCCGAGUGAAUUUUGGGGAGUUCCUGGCCACGCUGGUUAGCUGCUCUCAGUACUCCAUCAUCUACGAUGAUAUUCUCAUGGACACUGUCAUCUCGCUGCUUGCCGGUCUGUCUGACUCGCAGGUGCGCGCCUUCCGUCAUACCAGCACCUUCGCAGCAAUGAAACUGAUGACGGGUUUAGUGAGAGUAGCGAAGAACCUGAGAACUCACCUAGACACAAGCCAGCGCCAGUUUAACGCGGAGCGGGCAAAAAGUCCGGAGAAGAGGGCACCGGAGAGGAUAGAGGCGCUGGUGGAGAAAGUCAGAGAGAUCCAUUCACAUUUGGAGGAGAUCGGUAACAUGAUGAAUGGUUUAUUCAAAGGGGUCUUCGUCCAUCGUUAUCGUGACGUACAUGCUGACGUCCGCGCGCUCUGCAUCGAGGAGCUGGGAGUGUGGAUAACGACUUACCCGCAGUCCUUCCUGAACGACAGCUAUUUGAAGUACAUGGGGUGGACGCUGCACGACAAGCAGGGGCACGUGCGAUUGCAGUGUGUGCGGAGCCUGCAGGAGCUGUAUGACACCCCGCAGUGGGCAGGAAAGCUGGAGCUAUUCACCAGCAGAUUCAAGGACAGGGUACUUUCCAUGGUUCUAGACAAGGAGACGGCGGUGUCUGCUGAAGCAAUAAAGCUGAUUACUCUCAUCUACAAGAACAUGGAAAACAUGGUGAGCCCUGAGGACUGCGAGAUUGUGGACCCCAUGGUGUAUACGAGUAACCGAGCCAUAGCAUCCGCAGCCGGAACCUUUCUUUACCAGAGGUUAUUGGGCGUCCAGGAGGCCAAGCAGAGCCCCAAGCGCAGCGCAGCACGGCGGCCUCACGUUACGUUCUACCGCAAGCUGCUUUCCUUUUUCAUUUCCAGCGAGCUCCAUGAACACGCUACGUACUUGGUGGACAGUCUGUGGGACAGUGCUGGGACUCCGCUCAGGGACUGGGAGUGUCAGACCGAUCUGUUGUUAAAGGCGGAGGCCGGGUUAGAUGACCAGGAGGAGAGUGCCCUCAUCGAGAUCUUGGUCUCCACCAUAAGACAGGCAGCAGAAGGGACUUCUCCUGUCGGCCGAGUGCCUGCAAGGAAGAUGCAGUCUGCGAAGGACCGGAAGACUCAUGCUGAAGACAAGGUCAGGCUGAGCCGCCACAUGAUUAUAACCCUGCCCCCGCUUUUAUCGAAGUUUUCAGCUGAUGCAGACAAAAUGGCCGCUCUGCUGAAGGUGGUCGGUUACCUAGAGAGGGAGAUUUACUGCACAGAGAGGCUGGAGAAGCACUUGGACCUCCUGCUGGCCCAGGUGAGUGACAUUGUGGAGAAGCACACGGUGGCCGUUGUGCUGGGGGCCUGUUCCCGUGCAUUGUACCUCCUGAGUGACCGCGGCCAGGCCUUCUACAAGAAGACAGACAUCACCCUCAGCAAUCUAGUUGAUCGCCUCACAGACCACUUCCUGACCCACCUCCCAGAUAUCUUGCAGGUGUCGGAUUUGGACGAAGACGACGUCUACAACGCCGCAGCCACCAUGAAGAGGCUCUCCGCCCUGUUCAGUGCCCAUGAUCUCACUCGCUGGGAGCUGUUUGAACCAUGUAGUUCUAUUUUGAAAAAGGCGAUGGAAGCUGGGGAGAUCCCUGCACAGAUUAUACUGCCGGCGCUAGUCUGCUGCCACUUAUCCCUACUGUGGGCUCUCUCCCACUUCACCAACAGGCAGCCCCCGGAGGAGGAACUGGCUGCGCUACGGAAGAGGCUCCGCAUGUUCUGCAACCUGUGUCAGAACUUCUUGUCGGAUCUGCACUGCAGCGUGAGGGAGCAGGCAUUUAAACUCCUCAGUGACCUUCUGAUCGUGUUCAAUGGUCACCUCAUCCGCGGUGAUCGGUCUUACCUCCAGCCGCUGGUCUAUACGCCGGAUCUUCCUCUCCAGGCUGAGCUCGCCGGCUUCCUCAUGGAUCACGUAUUCACGAACUCAGAGGACGCUAACAGCGAGGACGAAUCCCAUCAGGUGGAAGCGCUUCACAACCGGCGCGUCAUGCUGGCCGGAUACUGCAAGCUCAUCCUGUACAACACUCUGGAUCUCCACUUUGCCAGCGAAGUCUUCAAGUACUACGUAAAGUAUAAUGCAGAAUAUGGAGACAUCAUCAAGGAGACUCUGCACAAAUCCCGUGCGGUGAACAAGGAGGAGAGUACCAGGACUAUACUGCUAAGUCUUACUCAGAUGUUCACAGGUCUCAGCUUAUUGGACGUCUCUCCCGACCGUCGCUUCUCGCGCCCAUUCCUGGAGAUAUGCGAUCUGGCAAAGCGGUUCUCCCUCCUGUUUGGGCCGAACCAGUUGAGAAAUCGUCAUGACUUUAUAUUCCUGCACAAAGAGGGCAUUAAAUUUUCACUGCGGGCUUCCCCGGGCGGUGAGUGGUCUUCCCAGAACCUGCUGUUUCUUGAUGUACUGAGCGAGUUCUCAUACAAACUUCUAAAACAGGACAAAGCAGCACUCUUGCAGUACCUGGAUGACACCUGUAGGCGGUGCAUUCCCCCUCAGCAGGCAUAUGAGGAGAAUGAGGACGACAUGUGGGGGCCCCUACAUGCUUACAAGAAGUCACUCAGUACAGACAGCGACUCUGCCAAUACCACACCAAACCCUGCCAGCACGCGCAGGGCAAAGGACAGAAGAAAGCCUCCGGCACCCCAGGUCUCUCCCAGGAAGAAGAGAAGACUGGGAAGAGGGGAGGAAAAUGGUAAAGAUGAUUUAGAAGAUUCCAGCACAGUCGCAGAUGACCGCGAACGCAGGGGGACACCGAUAACCACUUCCACGCUUCAGCGAGGGAGACGAGCAGCUCCAACUAGAGUACCGCCAGAUGACCAGGCAGAGACUGACUCUGAUUUCCAACUCAGUGAGCCCGUCCGUACCAGCCGCCCCAUAGAUUCUUCUUCCGACAGCACAGGAACGCCGCACACAUUGCAAGGCAUCCUGCAUCGGAUGAAUCUCACAGAGAAGGAAGACGAAGAAGAAAAUUUGGUGAUCGAUGAGGCAGAAAGCAGCACCAGCCCGUCAGUCGGAGAGGAGCCUCCUGACCUCCUGGAUUCCGCUAUUAUCGACAGUGAAGAGUGACAGCCUCCAGUACAGUGUAGCUGUGUAUUUAUGUUCACUGCUUUGUUACGUUUGAAUUUUACAUCGGUGCGUGUAUGUAAAACAUAUAAAAGAAAACUUUGUUUUCAGACAUAGAUGUCUGUAGUUUGACGUUGUAUGGCUGCAGACCACUGUGUUUCAGUUGCAGGUACCACUGUAUACUGCCCUGCACAUUGCCAUACCAUGAAUAAAGUCUGACAUUUAGGUUUGUUAUGAAUUAAACAUUAUUAUGCAAGAA